ACAAAUUAGCCAAUCACUUGCCAGCAUUCUGUCAAGUGUAAAUACGUCCAAAAGAUUGUCUGUGAUUGGUUAACGUGCUUAAAUAACAUUGCAACGGGUGUGCGGAAUGUCGAAUAGCUUUCGCGGGGGCGACGAAGCGAGAAGCGCCGCUCCUGCGGAGGGCUCGAAAAUCGAACACAUUCAGUGCGCGCUCGGACCACGCGCGACUGACGUUUGUGGUCGGGUUGUUGAGUUAUCAUGAAUCCUCACGUCAUUAGUGCCAAUAAAUAAUUACAACCGCAGUAUUCAACAGUAUUGGCACACCGAACAACGACGAAGACUGUGACCGACGGUCGUCGAUCUUCUUGACGAUAUAAUUCGUUUUCCCCGGCAGCACGUUACAUUCACACCGCUCGUUGUCGACGUCGAUAGCCGUCGUCGUCGUCGUCGCAAUGCACCGAUCGCACUCUCAUCAAAGACACAUGGCCACUUAAUUGAGCAAAAUAAAAAAGCGAACAUGACCUGUUCCGUCGUGGAGAAACACCCACACACUCAGAACUGCACACCGCGGGCUUAACGCAUACUUUCUCGUCGUGAUAAUUGCUAAUUAUCGAGAUCUCGCACGCUGUUUCACCAUUGUGAGUGGAUAAUGAGCAUUUGAAAACUGAUAUUACAACAUUUGACACUCAUAUUUAUUGACAUUAGAAAAUCGGAACUAUGCAAGAAUUGUGAUAUUUGAGCAUCUAUUGUGAGAUUAUACUUCUCAGAAAGAGAAACAAUAUAUAAUAUAUGAUAUAUAGUGGCAGCAGACAUGUUUGGUUGUCCCAGAGAAGCUGUACGUGUCAAAGUUAAGAAAUGCGAGACGAGGCAUCAGCCAGAGUACCGCAAGUUCAGUGUGGAUCCCCAAAUAACAUCAAUAGAAGUGCUACAAAGCAUUCUGAUCAAAGCCUUCGACAUAAAAGGGGAAUUCACCGUUUCUUAUCGAGCGAUCGACGAUUAUGGAUCGGAGACGUAUCUGUUCUUGCUCUCAGACUGGGACUUGGAUGCCGCGUUCAUCAGCGCGUCCGAGCCGUACCUUUAUCUGCAAGUGAACUUAAAGCCUUUCGGAGAAACCGGAGAUUGCGAGUGCUACUGGGAGCAAAAUGCGCAGGAAGUUUUACCGCGUCAGCAGGAAACUGGGUUUCCUUACAGAACGCCAAAGUUGCCCGGACUUAUAAUGAAUAAGAUGGAAAAGACGCUGAAUAUGGUACAACGAGCGUUGGGCAACUUGGCUGAAGAGUCUCAUCAACAGAGCGUACAACCUCCACGACCGCCGUUGACAGACGCUGAGUUUCGCCGAUUUCUCGAUCCGAUCGGUCAAGUGGUGCAGUCCAAAGAUCUAAGGGCGGUUAUUUAUUUCGGCGGAAUCGAGCCCAGCUUACGCAAAGUGGUCUGGAAACAUAUCCUGAAUGUGUAUCCGGAAGGAAUGUCGGGUCGUGAGCGGAUGGAUUAUAUGAAGAGGAAAGCGCAGGAGUAUCAAACUCUGCGCGAGCGAUGGAGAACAUUAGUGCAGAAGGGUCAGAAUAUUGGCGAUCUUGGCUAUGUCACCAGCAUGGUGCGUAAGGACGUGCUCAGAACGGAUAGACAUCACAAGUUCUAUGGCGGUUCGGAUGACAAUCAGAACACGGCGAGUCUUUUCAACAUUCUAACAACGUAUGCCUUAAAUCACCCAAGUGUGAGUUAUUGUCAAGGAAUGAGCGACCUAGCUUCACCUCUUCUUGUCACAAUGCGGGACGAAGCGCAAGCGUAUAUUUGUCUCUGCGCUCUCAUGAGAAGAUUGAAAGAUAAUUUUAUGCUCGAUGGAAUCGCAAUGACCAUCAAGUUCGCUCACCUCGCCGAAGGUCUCCAGCACUAUGACCCCGAUUUCUACGCGUACUUAAAGUCGCACCAAGCGGACGAUCUGCUAUUUUGCUAUCGUUGGUUAUUGCUGGAAAUGAAACGUGAGUUCGCGCUGGACGACGCGCUCAGGAUGCUCGAGGUUUUGUGGGCGGCAUUGCCAGCUUCUCCUCCAAACGGCGAGCUGAGUCUUGCCGAGGUUCCUUUUCCACCACCGUCGCCACCGCCGAGUCCAAAUAUCAAACAUAUACGUGAGAACGCGUACACCAAAGUCUGCGCUAUCAGACGACAGAGUUCCUCAGCCAGUAUUGCUGCUAACGUGAAGCGAAAAACUCUCAACACGGAUGAAUCUUUGCAAUCAAGCACCGAGAUUAAUGGAGAUACGAAAAGAUCUAAUUCGCCGUACGAAACAUUUUCUGAUUCGGAUAACGACUUAACUAACACAAAAAACAAGAAGAAUACUGAAUCGACAGAAAAGUGCCUAAGUACAGAUUCUCUUCCCGUUAAAUCAAAACGUUCGAAUCUUCUAGAACUAAAGGAAAGAUUAGCUGCGUCUUACAAAGAGCAAUCUAAAACCAAUGAACAAAAUGAUAAUUUUAGUGAAAAAAAAUGUGCACGAGUUGUGAAAAAUCUGAACGAAUUCUUAAACUUCACUAGCCUCAAUCGCAGCAAAGUCACGCCAAGCGAUGCCGAGCCUGAACUUAGACGUGUCUCGAGUGAAAGCGGCGUCAUUAGAGUGUUGAAAGAUGAACCGAGCUCGCCGGACGAUCCCACGGACUUCUUCCCGAUGACUACGUCGAUGACGAGAGAAUUAAGACUGGAGUUGGAAUCAUUGGACCGACAAGUAUUUGGUCCUUCACCGCCGCCUAACGAUCUGCAGUGCGAUUGCGUGCUCUCAAAAAGAGAAAACGACUUACCGGAGAGCGAGACUGAAACGGAGCUGGCGAGAUGCAGUCCAGCGGCGGAUGUAUUUGUAUGGGAGAACCCGUUACAUACGCUACAGCAAAAACAUCAUCCAACGACUCCGGACGAGCAGGCAGAAUUAGAAUACGACGGUGAAAUUUUGGAGGAUCAGAACGGCGUAAAGUCCGUCACGCCAAUCAGACUACUCAAACGUACCACCAGGUCAGAAUCGGCGUCAGAUAGUGAGGGAACUGAGAGUUGGCAUCAAAACCCAUCCGUACCGGAAAGUCCAACGAAGCAGCAGCAACAACAGCAACCUAUUCAAGAACAAUGUGAGGAAGCAACAGAGCUGACUAAUCUUAUACCCGCAGGAACGAGCGAAGAUCAACUGGGCGAAAGUUCGUUGCCACCACCGCACGAGUUCGGUGGUGGGAAUCCCUUUCUGAUGUUCCUGUGCAUUACUCUUUUGCUGCAGCAUCGUGAUUUUGUGAUGCGUAAUCAGAUGGACUACAAUGAGAUGGCGAUGCACUUCGACAAAAUGGUUCGCCGUCACAACGUGAUUCGAGUGCUCAAUCAGGCACGACAACUGUUCGCUGGUUAUCUUAGAAGACAUUCCGCAUCCUUGUCAUCUUCAGCCGGUGGUUCGACUUCAACUAGCAAACCAGAUGUGUAACUCUUUGCCGGUCAACUUUUCAAAAUAUCAAGUUAAAGUCAAAUAACUAAAAAAUUAGAGAUGUGAGAAUUAUCAUUCGAUCACCUGAAUUAAUGGCACAUAUCAUGAAACUUUAUGUCGCCGAUUUAAAAAAAGGCUUAAGAGGACUUGAAUCAAUUCUAUCACAGUGCUCUUCCGCUCACGACGUACGCGGAACGUUCAUUAUACUCACUAGAUCUGUCCACGGGUUUAGCGCGUAGACAGUGUCUCUGAUAGACCAUAGUUUUCUUCUUUGUUUCUUUUUUUACUUUUAGUACAUAGAAAAAAAAUUCUUCAAAAUUUUUAAAUAAAAAUUCUACAUACACACACACACACACACAUACAUUAAAAUUAUUAUGAUAAUUUUGGAAGUUUGAAAAUGUUCAAAUGCCGAACAUAACAACGAAUAAACGACCAAUAUGUAUGUCAAGAAAGCAAUAAAAUAUGAUGUACUUACAAUUAAACAUCUUAAGAGGAUGCUGAAACGACGACCGAACUCCGAUUCGGCCGCUUAGCCGCUACGCUGUCCAAUGAGUAGCGCCCUCUAAUCGAGCCGAGACAAGGAUAGAUGACGUGAUAGAGACAACAAUAGACGUAUGUGUCUCUCCGGCACUUCUGCUAAACCUGCAUCGUAAUUUUCUACUUUCUUAAAAAGCUUAAAAAUCCUUUUUGAAGCACUCAAAAUAAUUGUCUGUCUCUAGAAGUAGAAAAUAGAGUUUUUGGAUUCAUACUGCCAGUUUUAUAUACGAAGUAACAAUAUAUAGUCUAUGUGAUAACAGUCUAUAAACUUUUUUUUGUUUUUCUACACAUUCCAUUUCUUUAUCUCCAUUUCUCUUUUAUUCUGGAGAGACAUUUUUCAUUUCGAUCAAUGAGCGCAAAAUGAGUGGAAAAGUCAGAACUGCCGGCAAAACAAGACGGUUCAACAUUCUCUUAAGAAGUUUCUGUAGAAGUAAGAUUUUCGAAAUAAAUCAUAUUCGAAAACUUAUAAAAAAAAAAGAUGGUUCAUCAGAGACAAGUUUGCUUUGUGAAACUUAAUGUUUCAUAACAUCUGUCAUUAUCCGCAAAACUUGUACUGAAAAUUGAAUAAUUUUGAUUGGUUCUGAGAUUCUGAAUACAACGAUCCAAAAUACUUUAGUCAAUUCGCAAAAUGACACCGUAACCUGUUCACGUUCACGCACGUUACACAUUUUAUCACUUCAACAUAAUAAUGCACAAUAUCAUCCGCAUGCGUCGACGAACCCUCUUUCACUGUAUCUGUAGAAUUAAGUCCUCAGCUUAAUGCAUUCAGCAACGGUUACGAUUCAUGUGUCUCUUAGGAUCGCGUCGCUUCUGAAUGCGUUAAAUUUGUAAAAUACAUCUGAACCUAUACCCUAGAGCGGCUGAAUCUUACUUUGUUCUCAAACAGUAUGGGAAAUGACAAUAAAGUGCAUUUAAUUUUAUCGCUAAUAAGAAACUUUUUCUAUUUAUUAUAGUUCAACGUUCAACGAAGUUAGGAAGAUAUUGAAAACUAAACUGGCUGCUGUUUUUUUUUUUUUCUUAUAAUAAGUUUGCGUAUUUUUGUUCAUAUGUAAAUGUAAAGUUGCUGGAUACUUAUUUAAUCAUAUAUUGACAUAUAACGUCAGAGGCACGAAAUGAUUUAUAAAUUGUCAUUGCAACUUACCUACAUCGAAAUAAACUAGCUUUGUUUAUACGCCAGCAUUGAUAUUUAAAAGCACAAAUUGGUAAAAUUUGUCGACAACUUGUUUUUUAUUCUACAUUGGCAAAUGCACGCAUAAAUUUAAUAUAUGUUUAUUUUAUUUUCAAUAAUAGGCCUUGUGAAUUUAUGUUCGCA